CAGUCGUAUUGUCAUCGGCUGCAACACGACAUGUAUUUUCUUACAAGCAAUAGCCGACUGAAUGAGCAAGUGGUUGAUAAAAUUAUUCUUCAGCUUAACAGAGUCUACCCCCAAAUUCUUACCAAUGCAGAAGCAGAAAAGUUCAGGAAUCCAAGGGCAUCACUCCAUACCAGACUUUCAGAUCUGAUAAAGCACCUUCAAAAGAAAGGAGACAGACACUGUCAAGAGUUUUACAGGGCUCUACAGAUCAAUGCUGAACAGCUGUAUAAUGACCUGCCAAGCAGGAAAAUCUUGAUUACCCCAGAUUCCACAGAGAUAGACACUGACAAGGAGAAAUAUAUGCUAAAUGACAGGGGUCCAGUGUUUUUCCUUGCUUGUUUUAGCGUUGCCGCAGGAUUUGCGUUAUUUUGGUAUUGCUGUAACUCAGAUACGAAAGUCGUAGGAAGAGCCAGGAGAAUCUUGGGCUUUUCUCCUAUUAUCAUAGGAAGACACGUUAGAAAUAUUUGUAUGUUGUAUUUGGAAGACAUAUCAAGAAAUUAAGGAAAAGCUGCCUCUUCGCUUGUCUGUAGAGUACACCUCCCAAGGGAAGACAACGGUGCAUGAAUAUUAAUGUACUAUACUCUCAUACCAAAGAUUUUAUUAACUAGCUUAAUCAAUAAUUGUGUUGCCUCAAGAUGUAUUCAGAAUUUUCAGCUAUAUAUGUCCUUCCUUAUGGGAAUGGACCAUUUAUUUUUGUAAAUGCUUAUUUUAAAAUAUUUAUCGUUUGGAUAAAAAAUAUUUUUAAUACAAA